UGCAGCCCCCGCAACAGACACAGGCAUUCUGCUUGUUUACAACCUUAAUUCUCUUAUUUCUCUCGAGUUGUGCAGUCGUUUGUUGGGUUUGUACUCAUAUUGGUUGUGGUAACAAGUGCUGAGAAAUGUCCAAGAAAUUCAUCAACCACCCGGAUGAUUGCGUUGACGAAGCACUGGAAGGUUUGGUUAUGACAAACCUUGGUCUUCGUAUUCUGGGAGAACAACGUGUCAUCGUUCACGAAUCGGUAAAAGCUGCCAAUGGAAAGGUUGCUGUUAUUGCUGGAGGCGGCGGAGGGCAUGAACCGUUCGCUGCCGGUUUCGUCGGGCAAGGCCUUUUAACAGCAGCCGUCUGUGGCCGGGUUUUCUCUUCGCCGCCGGCUGGAGCUGUUUUAGCUGCGAUCCGGGCCGCACGUUCAAGUGAAAAUGAUGGUGUCUUAGUGAUCGUGAUAAAUUACACGGGCGAUCGAUUGAAUUUUGGUCUGGCGCUUGAGAGAGCGCGGAUGGAAAACAUUCGCGUGGAAAUGGUCAUCUGUGACGACGACUGUGCUCUUUCGAGCUCAUUCAAAGCAGUUGGUCGUCGAGGAUUAGCAGGAUCUUUGUUCCUCAUGAAGGCCGCCGGAGCGUUGUCUGAAAGAGGAGAAAAGCUUGAAUCGAUGGUUCACGUGUUGGAAGAGAUGAAAAAGUCCAUCGGCACUAUCGGGGCGAGUCUAACAUCGUGUAGCGUUCCAGGUGGUGAAACAAUGUUUCGCUUAGAGGACGACGAAUUCGAACUAGGACUUGGUAUUCACGGAGAAGCAGGAGUCAAAAGAAUCAAGAUGACGACUGCCUCCAACAUAAUCGAAGAAAUGUUGAAUCGAAUGACUGACAGUGAUUCGUCGUGUUCAUUCCCUCUUCCAUCGGGUUGUUCUGUUGCUCUGAUUGUUAACAAUCUGGGCGGGUUGUCCAUCAUGGAAAUGUCUAUCGCUGCUCGCGAAGCCAUCAAGCAACUUGAAUCCCGUGAAGUAAAAGUUGUUCGCUGCUAUGUCGGCCAUUUAAUGACUUCGUUGGAAAUGAGAGGAAUCCAGUUGUCCGUUUUGCGUGUAGAUGAGGACGAGAGGAGUUGGUGGUUGAGUUUACUGGACGCUCCCACUUCUGCGCCGAUGUGGCCACACCCACUUUAUCACGAUCGAAUUACACCUGAGAAACUCUCGGACGAUGGUUACCGUUGGGAUCAUCACUUUGAAAAUCGUGGACCGUCACUAGGCGAUAGAGGCCAAAAAGCGCUAAAGAUUGCAAUUCACGCUGCCGCCAAUGCAUUGGAAUCUCACGUCGAUCGCCUGAACGAACUGGACUCUGGAUGUGGUGAUGGUGACUGUGGUUCCACUCUUAACCGAUGGGCCGAUGCUGUUCGCCAGAUUGAUUUGGAACUGGAAUACCCCUGCACCGUAUUCCAUCAACUCUGUUAUUUGAUGGAAAGUAAAGUAGGAGGAACUUCCGGGGCUGUUUACGGUAUUUUUUUCGCAGCGAUGGCAAAUGCUUUUGAAGAAUCGGAUAUUGAUGAUGAUUUACUGCGAUGGACUCAUGCUUCUAAAGUUGGUAUUGAAGCUGUAAUGAAGUAUGGUAAAGCUGAGCCUGGUGACCGCACAGUCGUGGAUGCCCUUCUUCCUGCGCUAGAACAUUUACAAUCACAUCCUAAAACUAGCAUCAAUGAAAUAUUGGAUGAAUUGUUAGCCGCUUCCGCUGUUGCUGAGGAAGGAGCGGAGAAAACUGCCGGAAUGCGAGCGAGGGUCGGAAGAGCUAGCUACGUCAAUGAAGAUCUCGUAACGAAACCCGACGCUGGAGCCACUGCUGUCGCUAUUUGGUUCCGUGGUUUUGUUUCUGCAUUAGAUUUAGAAUUUCGUGAGCCUGAGCCUGAGCCAGAGCCUGAACCCGAACUGGAACCGGAAACACGUUCACGUAGCAGCAGCAGUAGUAGCAGCAGCAGCAGUUCCUCAAGUGACGAAGAUUAAUAUUUUACCUGGAAUCAUUCCCACCUUUGGAUUUCUAUCCAUUAGCCUACUAUGUGCUUGGUGUCAUGUCAAAUUCUUUUCAAGUUUCAACACAGAUCCUGCAAGUUAAAAGUUAAAAUUUUUAUUAAGAAAUGUCCAUCUUAACAUUAAGAUUUUAUUAUCUGAUGUUAAUAACUGUUAAACUUUCGAUUGGAAAGAUUUACUUGGAUUAUUAUUUUAACUUUCAAAAUUUAUUGGUAAUAAAUCUAAUAGAUGGCUCUGA